GUCAAAACAGUUGCAUGCAAUGUGAGGGGAAGGAAAGAAAAGAGGCAACCUUACUCGAAGCUGUCCCGAUUAUUUUACUUGCCUUCCGUACUUACCCCUCACGAUUGGCAUUCGCUGCUGCACUCUUCUCCUCCUGUCUCUGUCUCUCCUCUCUCCAGCCUCAGCAUGGCGUCGUCUAGCGCCAUCCGCUUCGUCACAGGCACCAAAAAGUCUCCCCUCGGCUCCCUGCAUCUCCAGCUCCACGUCAAGCCCGGCGCCAGCAAGAACCGCGAGGGCGUCAUCGCCAUCACCGACGAUGCCAUCGAGCUCUGCGUUGCCGCCCAGGCCCGCGAGGGUGAAGCCAACAAGGCCGUCGUACAGUCACGCGACAAGACUGUUGUAUUGAAUGGCUUCAAGGGCGAUGGAGAAGAUUAUGCAAGGACUGUUCGCGAGUUGCUCGAUAAGGCCUUGGAAGAAUGA